AUGUUCUUCUUUGCAGUGAACUGUAGAAAGAUACGAGAGGAAAAAUGGGAAGAGAAUAAACUAUGCAUUUGGGCUGAGCUGUCGAUAUUCCAGGAACUAAAUGAAGUCAAAGAGUCCAAGGUGGUGGCCUACGAUGUCAGCAUUGCUCAUCGAAGUCGAGCCAAGUACCUAAUGAAUUUUAUAUCUAAUGAUGAUUGUUUCACAAAGAUAGCUCUGGAUGAAGCCGGUAAUGUGGUCGGUAUUGGUUGUAUUCGUGUUGCCUACUCCAAUGAUCUCGAUGUCGGUCCGUUUUAUGCAGACAAUCGGGCUGUGGCAGAAACACUUCUGUGUGGAAUACUGUCGUCAAUCCCUGACAUUAAGAAGCACAAAAUAUUAGGAUCACUCUAUCCAGCGAUCAACACCGAUGCUGCGAGCGUUUUCACCGCUCUCGGCGGCGGUCACGCAAAAAUCGCCCCCUUUACUCAAUGCCAAUUCACCAAGAAGAUCUUCCCUUUCGCUGAAGACAAAGUAUACGCAGUUAUUGAGUGUGCAAAUAGUGUGGCUGUGGCAGAAACACUUCUGUGUGGAAUACUGUCGUCAAUCCCUGACAUUAAGAAGCACAAAAUAUUAGGAUCACUCUAUCCAGCGAUCAACACCGAUGCUGCGAGCGUUUUCACCGCUCUCGGCGGCGGUCACGCAAAAAUCGCCCCCUUUACUCAAUGCCAAUUCACCAAGAAGAUCUUCCCUUUCGCUGAAGACAAAGUAUACGCAGUUAUUGAGUGUGCAAAUAGUGUGGUUUGA